CCGUUCAUUGCCAUUUCGCGCACCAACUUUUUUCCCUCUAUAAAUGCAGCGUCUCAGUAGCCGGUUUCUUUUCCUCACGCCAUUACUGUUUGUCUUCUAGUUUUCUCUCUCUCAGGGUUUCCUAUCGUUCUUCCUUCUUCCCCCUUUUCGUGUUGCUUGAAUCGUCGCUUCAAUGGCGCAAUCGGAGGUUCAGAAUGGAGGAGGAGCUGAGAAGGCGUUGAGUUUCAAGGCUCUCAAGCCUCAACUGCUCGUGGAGGCGCCGAAGGCUACCGACGCCGUGCUGUUCUACAAGGCUGCCUUCGGCGCGGAGGAGGUCAGCCGUACUCUGCAUCCGAAACGCAAGGCUGAGCAAGAAACUCCGGCCAUUCUCUCCGCUGAGCUCAGCCUUUCUGACUUCACCUUCCUAGUCUCUGAUGUUUUUGACGAUUCUGCUGCUGCCGGAAAAGUUGCUGAAUCGAGAGUUGUGCUGUUCUUGGAAACGGUGGACAUCGAAGACGCUGUCUCGAAGGCCGUGAGUGCUGGAGCUGUUGUAGAGUCUGAGAUUGCUGAAGGCGAUGGCCCGUACAUCGGCAGUCGCGUUGCCAAGCUGAAGGAUCCAUUCGGCUUCAUCUGGCUCAUUGCUACUCCGGCCAAGAAAACCGAAGCCGUCGAGGCCUAACUUCUGCGUCUUGCCUAACCUAACGUGCAGUUUUUUCUUUCGAUCUUAACAUCGCUUUCAGGCUCUUAGGAUUUAGGUGGCUUUAACUCAUGUUCAGCGUUAACUUGACUCUUUUUGGAUACGUAGUUCAUGACCAUUGGCCCUGUGUUUGGCAUUCUGUGAACGCUUGUGGACCGUUUUGGUAAUGCUUUUAUUAUUGGCAUCUGUUAUUUACAGUGCCUCUCAACCUUAAAAUGCUAUAUUUCCUGCUCGUCGUCCUCA